GGGCCGCCGGGCGAGGGGCGCGGGAAGGGGCCGCCGGGGCGGCCGUCGGGGCCAGCGUCGGCGGUCGCGGCGAUGGGCAGCGCGAGGGGGCCCGGCGGGGCCGCCCUGCGGGCGCUGGUGUCGGUGGCCGCCGGGCUGUUGGCCUGCGGCGGGGCCAGCGAGUACGACUAUGUCAGCUACCAGUCCGACCUGGGCCCCUACCCCGGCGGGCGCUUCUACGCCAAGCCCCACCAGUGCGUGGCCAUCCCCGCCGACCUGCGGCUCUGCCACAGCGUGGGCUACGACAAGAUGGUGCUGCCCAACCUGCUGGACCACGAGACCAUGGCCGAGGUGAAGCACCAGGCGAGCAGCUGGGUGCCGCUGCUCAACAAGAACUGCCAUAUGGGUACCCAGGUCUUCCUCUGCUCCCUCUUCGCCCCCGUCUGCCUGGACCGGCCGGUCUACCCCUGCCGCUGGCUCUGUGAGGCUGUCCGUGACUCCUGUGAGCCCGUCAUGCAGUUCUUUGGCUUCUUCUGGCCAGAGAUGCUCAAGUGUGACCAGUUUCCCCAGGAUGAUGUCUGCAUUGCCAUGACAACUCCCAAUGCCACCGAGGUCUCCAGGCCCAAAGGAACGACUGUGUGUCCCCCUUGUGACAACGAGAUGAAGUCCGAGGCCAUUGUGGAGCACCUGUGUGCCAGCGAGUUCGCUCUUAAGAUGACCAUAAAGGAAGUGAAGAAGGAGAAUGGGGACAAGAUGAUCAUCCCGCGGAAGAGGAAGGCGCUGAAGCUGGGGCCCAUCCGCAAGAAGAACCUGAAGAAGCUGGUGCUGUUCCUGAAAAACGGGGCAGACUGUCCCUGCCAUCAGCUGGACAACCUGAGCCACUACUUCCUCAUCAUGGGCCGUCAGGUGAAGACCCAGUACCUGCUGACAGCCAUCUACAAGUGGGACAAGAAGAACAAGGAGUUCAAGAAGUUCAUGAAGAAGAUGAAGUCUCCCGACUGCCCGACGUUUCCGUCCGUUUUCAAGUGAUGGGUGGGCGGCGGGAGAGCCGCUGCCCUGGCCUGUGCCACCGGGCACUCUGCAGCAGGGGUGCUGGAGCCAAGCCCUUCUGCUGCUCCAUCCUGCUCCUCAGAGCUCCCUCACUGACCCCAGCCCUCCCACAUCCCCGCUGCCGGUGUUUGCCUGAUGGCCCGGGCGUGCGACGUGCGGGCACCGAACAGUCUGUCCACGGUAUCUAAAGACCUGUUACCCCACAGAUACAGCCACUGAAACAGCAGCUGGCAGGUAAAGAGGGCAAGCAGAGGGGUGUGAGGUGAUGUCCAGAGGUUACACACCUGCAGAAAGGACCCUUGUGACCGUGUCACUCCUGUCUUCGUGGCUACAGGAUUCACCCUGAAUUCCUGUACGAAGCAGAGCCAGCUGAUUAGACAGACAUCCCAUCCUCACAAUCCCACAACCUCUGAUAAAACCUCCUGAUAGCUAAUUGCCCUCACUGUAAAAAGAUCCUGUUAUAGUCUAAACCUGCUUUGUCUAAACCUUAACCCCAGGUCCUCGUGGUGCCUUGAUGGGCUGGAGCCCUCCCUCACCAGCAUCUCUUGCAGUGUCUCACCGGGUGCCUGCCCUGGCCUCUGCCACGCCGUGCCCAGCACUGAGCUGCUCCCUGGCAGCCCUGCAGUUGGUACACUGACUGUGGGCCGGGGGCAGAGGGGGCUCUGUGCCUCUACCUGUGCCUUCAGCCUCCCGUGGGCCCCAGCAGGUCCAGCUGAGCUGCCCUGCCCUCAGCCUGGCGGGGCAGUGCCCUGUGCAGGUGGCCGGCGCUGCUGGUGCCCAUUUUGGCCCCUGCAAAGGUUGCCCUGCUGGCCCAGCUGGGGUUCCAGCUGGAGAGAGCUCAGGGCCAGCUCCCCCAGCUUGUGUCACUCCCUCACUUUAGCAGUGAUGUUUUGAUAGCUCCUUCAGGCUGCUGGCGGAGGACCAGAGUGCAGGAGGCUGAGGACUCGUCCCCACGGAGCGCUGCAGGGAACGCAUCGUCUGUGCCUCUCCCUCUUUGCUGUCUCUCUGGGACCCAUCAGCCUGGGUUUUGUCUGUUUGAUCUGUGACAACUUGGCUUUGUAUCAUUCUGCAUUUUUUUUCCCUAAUCAGAAUGUUGUGUUUGUAUGAUUUCAAAUAGUUUAUGAAAGACAAAGAAUAUCUCAUCCAAGUGAUUACAUUUAUCGACCAAACUGAAAUGCAUUAUUCUGUUAAUUGGACAAGCUCUCUUUUCCAUGGACCCAUAUCAUUCCACAUUCAUCGUCCUUCCAGCUUCCAUUCAGUAUUCUCAUCCAUCAUCAGUACUCUAAGAGAAUGAAUAUCUGAGAUCUGAGAUAAUCCUGUUGUAUCAUGGUUAAAUGAAAUAACAAAUCCUCAUUUUUGAGGUUUGAACCAAGCUCACUCAAAGCUGGUAAAUUAAUUAUUCCUUAGCUCAGGAGUGCUGUCUAUUCCCCAUGUGGGAACAGAGCUGUGGACUUGGUUGUAGAAGAAUUCCACGAAGAAGCCAAGCACUCUGAGGAGUGAUGUUUCACAGCUAACAGAGAGAUGGAUUUAGGACAUGAACUUUGUAGAAAGUCCCACUAGGUUGUCUUAGACCACCAUUUGUAGUAGUGUUGUUUCUUCAUUGCAAAAUUAAUCAUUGUAGAUAAUGUGCUUUUAUCAGUGAAGUAAAGAAAUAAAUAAACAAACCACAGGCUUUAACAUCA